AUGACGUCCUCCCUCCCCAAAACCUACAAGGCCCUCGUCCUCACUGGGCCAAACUCCCCCAUCGAGCUCCAAGAUGUCCCCCUGAAACACCCCGAGGCCAGCCAGGUCCUCGUCAAGGUCAUCGCCUGCGGCGUGUGCUGGUCCGACAUGGAAGUCGCCCACGGCCACCUUGGCAACGUCUUCCCCCGUAUACCAGGCCACGAAGUCGUCGGCGACAUUGUCGAGCUCGGCUCUGACGUGAAGAAUCUCUCGGUGGGCCAGCGCGUGGGCGGGCCGUGGCACGGAGGACACGACGGCGUGUGCCGCGAGUGUCAGCGCGGCGAGUUCCAGUACUGCAAGAACGAGGUCAUCAACGGCGUGUCGCGGGACGGCGGCUACGCCGAAUACGUCCUGCUGCGAGCCGAGGCCGUCGUCCGCAUUCCCAAGGAAAUCGACCCUGCCGAGGCCGCGCCGCUGCUGUGCGCCGGCGUCACCGUCUUCAACGGCAUCCGCAAGCAAAAGGUCGAGCAGGGCCGCCUGGUCGCCAUCCAGGGCCUCGGCGGGCUGGGCCACUUGGCCGUCCAGUUUGCCAGCAAGAUGGGCUACGAGGUGGCAGUGCUGUCCCACGGCAGCGACAAGGAGUCGUUUGCCAAGCAGCUGGGCGCGCACCACUACAUCGACACGGGCAAGGCUGAUGGCCCUGCCGAGCUGGCCAAGAUGGGCGGUGCCUCCAUCAUCGUCCAGACGGCGCCCAAUCCCAAGGUCGUCGGCGCCUUGGCUGAUGGCCUCGCUCCCAACGGCAAGAUCCUAAGCUUGGCCCCGGUGGGCUCUGUCGAUAUCAACACUGUGACGCUGAUCAUGAAGGGCGCCAGCGUGCAAGGCUGGGCGAGUGGCCAUGCACUGGAUAGCGAGGAGGCCAUUCAGUUCGCCAUGACGCACGGGGUCAAGUGCAUGAUUGAGCGGUACCAAUUCAGCGACGUCAAGAAGGCCGUCGAUAGCCUAGAAGCCGGCAAGCCGCGGUUCAGGAAUGUCUUGAUAAUGUAA